UGCUGGGCGUCCUGCUGAUUGAGGUGGUAUCAUAGGGUGGUAUCCAUAUAGGCUGUAAGGUAACGUUACUUGCUGAAGUACUUCAGUUUAGGUAAAGGUACUGCAGGAAAAGUUGAGUGAGAGACCCUGAUGGUGUGAGUUUGAUCAACGAGUACACGUUUACAUUUAGUUAAAGACGGUUAUAGGUUUUUAAUCCAUCACCGGCUGCGGAACCGAAGACUCUUUCGACACAGCUAACAUAAUCUGCGCAUUCUUCAAGUUGACUGACUGUCGAGUUGGCAAAGAUGUUUCAGAUAAAGAGGAUCUGCUGCAUUGGGGCGGGGUAUGUAGGAGGCCCGACAUGCAGUGUGAUCGCCCACAUGUGUCCAGAGAUCACGGUGACCGUUGUGGACGUCAAUGAGUCUCGCAUCAAAGCCUGGAACUCAGACACUCUGCCCAUAUACGAGCCGGGUCUGAAAGAAGUGGUUGAAUCAUGCAGAGGGAGAAAUUUGUUUUUCUCCACAGACAUAGACCCAGCCAUCAGGGAUGCAGACCUUGUGUUCAUCUCUGUCAACACCCCAACUAAGACCUAUGGGAUGGGCAAGGGUCGUGCAGCUGACCUUAAGUUCAUCGAGGCGUGUGCUCGGCGGAUUGUCGAGCAGUCUGAUGGCUACAAGAUCGUCACAGAGAAGAGCACCGUCCCUGUUCGAGCGGCUGAGAGCAUUCGUCGGAUAUUUGAUGCCAACACCAAGCCCAGCCUCAACCUACAGGUGCUUUCCAACCCAGAGUUCCUUGCAGAAGGAACAGCAGUGCGGGAUCUGAAGGAGCCAGACCGUGUCCUGAUUGGUGGAGACGAAACAGCUGAAGGUCAGAGGGCAAUCAAAGCGCUGUGUGCCGUCUAUGAACACUGGGUCCCUAAAGAUCGCAUCAUCACCACCAACACAUGGUCGUCCGAGCUGUCCAAACUGGCAGCCAAUGCCUUCCUGGCCCAGCGGAUCAGCAGCAUCAACAGCAUCAGCGCUCUGUGCGAGGCCACCGGGGCCGACGUGGAGGAGGUGGCCAAGGCCAUCGGGAUGGACCAGAGGAUAGGGAGCAAGUUUCUGAAAGCCAGCAUAGGUUUUGGUGGAAGCUGUUUCCAGAAGGAUGUGCUGAAUCUGGUUUACCUGUGCGAGGUCCUCAAUCUGCCUGAGGUCGCCUCCUACUGGCAGCAGGUGAUCGACAUGAACGAGUACCAAAGGCGGAGGUUUGCCUGCAGGAUCAUUGACUGCCUCUUCAACACCGUUACUGGAAAAAAGAUUGCUUUGCUGGGCUUCUCCUUCAAAAAAGACACGGGUGACACAAGGGAGUCAUCCAGUAUCUACAUCUCUAAGUAUCUGAUGGAUGAGGGAGCCAAGCUGUUCAUCUACGACCCCAAAGUCCUCAAGGAGCAAAUCAUUUAUGACCUCUCGCAGCCCAACAUCUCCGAGGACAACCCACAGAGAGUGUCGGAUCUGGUGACGGUGACCACUGACCCGUAUGAGGCCUGCCAGAUGGCCCAUGCGUUGGUCAUCUGCACCGAGUGGGACAUGUUUAAGGAGCUAGACUAUGAGAAGAUUUACAAGAAGAUGCUGAAGCCGGCCUUUAUAUUUGACGGCCGCAGAGUGCUGGACCAUCUCCACGCUCAGCUCCAGAACAUUGGCUUCCAGGUCGAGACCAUCGGUAAGAAAGUGGUCGCAUCACGGAUUCCUUACACCCCCGCCGCAGCCAUUUGUCGCAGCAUCCCCGCCCCUGAACCUCCCACCAAGAAAGCCAAAGUCUAAACCUCCCUCACCUCCACACCCAACACAUUCCUCCGUUAACCUUUAUAUUUCAUUCAGGUCCCCCUCAUUUUCCAUGCCUCAUUUAAAUAAAUUUAAAAAAAGAGCGUGACCAGCUGCUCCCUGCAGUCGGUCUGAGAGGAGGUCGAGCCUUUAGAACAAAUGUGUGUGAAUGUGACCCAAAAAGAGUUUGGGUCUGUAGAAAGGGGAUAAAGCAAUGAUAAACGGUUUUAUUUUUAAGUCAAAUAGCAAUGAAAACAUUUUAGAUGCAGUUAUACAUGCACUGUCUACUUUCUUACAGCAUUUACUAUGUAAUCAAGUAUUGUUGCUAAAUUGCAAUACAAUUUUUAUAAAAGUAUUUUUAUAAAUCAUCUGACUGUAAGUUAAUCAGUAUUGUCCUCUGUAUCAGUGACUUUUUUACUACAAUAAAAUGUGACAUCUCCUUAAUGUGUGCCGGAUUAUUCAGAAUUGAUGGAAAGAACACAAAUAAAUGACACAUAAUU